CAUCCCAGGACUCAUCCGGACCCCAGGACACGCAGCCCCGGCUCCCCCCAUCCACCUGCCUCGUGCGGGGGGUUUGGCAGCGCCUUCAUCCAGCGGAAACUUCUUUUAUCUCCAAAAAUUCCUCUGCGCUCCGACGGGGAAAACUCCGGCUGCUCCAGGCUGGAAUCCUCCCUCCGCCGCCCACGGCUCGUACAAAGGCUCCUUCACCCGGGAAGGACAGAGCCACCUUUGUUAUCCCGCUCCGACCGCGGCCGGGAGCAGCACCGGCUCCGCCAUCCACCUCCCGAGAAUCUCCAGGAUCGGGAAAAUCAGUGAACCGCGAGCACUGGGUGGUGGGAGAUGUGGAGUGGGGGCAUCGCUGCGUGUCCCAGAUUUGCUCCCUCCCACCAAUCCCAGUACGAUUUUAAUUAUUAUUUUGAUUUAACCGAGCCAGGAUUGUUUAGGAUCCCACCGGAAUAAUGGGUGGGGUCGAGGGGAUCCAAGGGAUGCCGAGCCCCACAGCCCGGCCGUCCCUGCCGGAAUCCUCAGCGCGCUCAUAAAUCCUAUUGUCUCUCCCGCCUCAUGGAUAAUCCCGGCACGGCAGGGGCGAGACCUGCCCCUUCCCAGCGUGGGAUUCCCGGGAAUCUCGGUGGGUGGCCGGGGACAAUCCCCACCCCCCGGCGCCCCACCCCCUGCCUCUCCUUACAAAGGGGGGGAUAAAUAAUCCCUUUAUAAGGAGGGGAUGGAGGAGCGGCUGGCCGGGAUGCAGCGGGCCGGGAUGCAGCGGGCCGGGAUGCAGCGGGCCGGGAUGCAGCGGGACGGCGAUUUCCCUCGGGAUGUUCCACCGCCCCCUGGGAUGGGAACCCACUCAUCCGCAAAUCCCACAGCGUCAACCCCGGGGCUGGAUACAAACGCAGCCUCCGGAGGUUUCCCUCGUAAAUAUUCCUUCAAAUUUCUGUGUGAGCUGGGAAAGCUCAGCAGGACAGAUCUCUCCCUCCCACCGGGAUAUUUGACAAAGACAAGGAGAUGGGGAUCCUGGUGUCACCAACAGCAUCGAUGGCAGCACGAGAGAGGAUUUCAUGGCUUUAAUGGCAGGAUAAAAGCUUUCCAGGAGCCUCCCUGUCCAUAUGGAUACUCGCUCUCCCGCAUUUCCCAACACUGGCAGCUACAAACCCACCCCCAGGCCCCCAGAACCCACUGGAAGUGGGAUGGGGGUCCCAAUGCCAAGCCAGGCUUGAGCCUUGGAGAGCUCAGGGACCAGGUUGUGAAUGAUGCCAGGAAAUCCAGGGUGCAGCUUCCCGGGAGAGUGAGUGUCUUGGGACAUGUUUGGCAGCACAAGGAGGAGGACGGAGAUGUGGAAGUGGCCGGAGGUGAGGCCACAGCUCCAUAAACCCCCUCAGAGUGUUUUAUUCCCAUUCUCUGCACCCCUGGCUGGGAUCUGGGCACAAGGCCGGUGGCUCUGGCAUGGACCGGCCGCUUCCUAGACAUCUGGGACCAUGCCAGGAAAGAUUGAGGUUUAAUCCUGUGCCAACAGCUGCCCCAGGCCCGGAUCAGCCCUGGCACCGUCCCCCUUCCCUGACCUUCCCACCCCAACCCGCCCCCUGGAACUGGACACCGACGGGUUGUUUUUCCAGUCUUGUGACACCGGGAAAUGUCAGAUCCCAACAGCCCUGGGGUGGGUGGGAUGGGGUGACACCAAAGGGGUGGAGAUAUCUGGAUUUGGGGAGCGUCUUGGGAUGGGGCAUUGGGACCUGGCUCCUGCUCUGGCCAUGCUCAUAGACAGAAAAUGAGAGGCAUAACUGAGCCUGAAAGUUUGGAAAACAGCAUUCCUGGGGGCCAAACCACCCCCAGACCGCUGGGAUGCUGUUUUACAGGAAUUCAGCCCUUCCCAAGCUCCUGUUCCUAAGUGUGACCCCUCAUCAUUCUGACUCCUGAUAAUUUUGCCCCCUAAAAAACAUGACCUGUAUAAAAUGAGGUUCUUAAUAAUUCUGACCCUUAGCAACUGUGAUCCCUAAAAAACAUGGUGCCUAAUAACCCUUACCCCCAAUAACUGUGAUCCUUGAAAAAUGAGGUCCCUAAUAAUGGUGAACCCUAAUUACCCUGACCCCUCAUAACUGUGACCCCUAAAAAAAAAAUCCCUAAAAAAUGUGGUCCCUAAUAACUGUGACCCCUAAAAAGCAUGGUCCUUAAAAACUAUGACCCUUAAUAAACUGUAGUUCCUAAUAACCAUAACCACUAAUAACACUGAUCCCUUAAAAUCACAGUCUCUAAUCGCCAUGACCCUUAACAACCCCAAACCCUAACAACUGUGAUCCCCAAUAACUAUCACCCCUAAAACCCAUGGUCCUUCAUAACUGUGACCCCUAAAAAUGAGCCCUAAAAGACAUGAUCCCUAAUAAUAGUGAUCCCUAAAAACAGUGACCCCUAAAUCCCAUGGUCCUUAAAAACUAUGAGCCCUAAUAACUGUGACCUCUAAUAGCCCCAAAACCUAAUAACUGUGACCUCUAAAAAAUGUGGUCCCUAAUAACUGUGGUCACUAAUAACUGUGACCCCUAAAAAAAUGACCCCUAAAAAAUGUGGUCCCUAAUAACCCUGGCCCCUAAAUAACUGUGACCCCUAAAAAAUUGGGUCCCUCAUAGCCAUGACUCCCAAUAACCCUGAUCCCAACAACUGUGACUCCCUCAUCACCCUGACCCCCAGUAACCUUGAUCCCAAAUAACUGUGACCACCCAUUCCUUUCCCCCCAGUUCCACUUGUUUCCCCCCUGCAAACCCCAUUUCCAGCAGGCCCUUUUCCAUCUCCUGCUCCUGACUUUUCCCUCGAUAUUUAAUCCUCAUCCAUCCAACCUGGAGCAUUUCCCAGCUUUUCUGGACACAGAGGAGGAGCAAACCCCAGCUGGGGAGAUUCAACCCUCUCAGUUCCCCCUGGAUGCUCCCUCAGGUGAAUCCAGGUGCCUCGGAGGCUCAUUUUGAGGACAUUAAGGGGGUUCUUUACAAUUUGCUCCCCACCCUUGCUCUCCCUACAGACACAGAACAAACUUCCAGGAUCCUGGAACAGCUGGGGAUGGUAUCCAGUCCCCCUCAGGCGCUUCCAGGUUUGGGGAAACUGAGGCACGGCAGCCCCAACCCUCCAUGCGCCCCCACCCCCACAGAGCACCCACUCCCCUCUGGAGCCCUCAAAUCCUCCCGGGAAAAGCAGGAUGAGUUACCUUGGAGGGCUUUUCCCCAUGAAAACACCAGAGGGAGGGGGAAUCCAUCCCAGUGGUGGGACUGGGGUGAGAUUCCCUCCACGGUGAAUAACCCAGGGUGACCUGGCUUCAGUUUUGGGGGGAAAAAGUGAGAUUUUUCCCUUUUUUUUUCCCCAGCCUCCCUCAGUUUUCCAGCACGACAGGGAGUAACACUGCCAUCUACCGAGCCAGCCCUUGUGUUAUUAAUCCUCAUAUUUCUCUUCUCCCCACCCAAAAGCGCUUCCCACAUCUCUGGGGACACACAAGGCCCCUCAAACUGACCCGUCUCUCCCUGUGGAGUGAAUCCUGGUGCCCAUCCCUGUACAGACCCCCAGUGUCCCCCCAGGAUGGUUUUGGGGUGCCUUUUCAGGAUCAGAAUGGUUUUGGGAUGCCUUUUUGGGAUCGGGGCUCUGUGGCUCCCAGGCUGGGAGGGUGAGCGGAGAAGAGGCGCAGGCAGAGUACCCCCUGCCCCGCCCUGUGCCCCUCGUCAGGCCCAGAUGAGCCCCACCUGAGCCUCGCUGGCCUCAGGGCUAUUUAAGGCUCCUGGUUUUGUUCACUCUUCCCCAUUUUGGGUGUCUUGUGAGGUGCAGCAUCAGUCCCUUCCUAGGAUGGGGGAGCCUGGUGGAGUUGAGGAGGGGCUGGAGGGGGUCCCUGAGUCCUUGGAGAUCUCGCAGCCCCUGGAGGUCCCUCAACCCUCGGAGAUCUCGCAGCCCCUGGAGGUCCCUCAGCCCUCAGAGGUCCCUGAGUCCUUGGAGAUCCCGCAGCCCCUGGAGGACCCUGAUCCCUCGGGGGUCCCUCAGCCCUCAGAGGUCCCACCACCCACGGGGGUCCCUCAAGCCCCGGAGGUCCGGCAGCCCCCGGGGGUCCUGCAGCCCACGCCGCCCCCCGAGGUGCUGGAGGGGGUGCUGAGCCGGCAGUUCGGGCCCCUGCCCCGCGUCGCCCCCAUCGCCCGCCUGCGCCGGGGGGCCCGCGGCGAGUACGAGCCCACCGGCGACCUGGCCGAGGUGCUGGAGCGGCGACAGGCGGCCAACGCCAAGGAGAGAGAGAGGAUCCGGAACCUGAACAGCGGCUUCUCCCGGCUCCGGACGUUGGUGCCGCUGGUGCCGCGGGACCGCAAGCCCAGCAAGGCCGACACGCUGCGGGCGGCGGCCCAGUACAUCCAGCUGCUGAGGGGAGUGCUCGGGGACUGCCAGCAGCUCGAUGCUGAUGCUGAGCAGCAGUUGGGGGACACUGGGGGGGUCCCACCGGGGGGGCCGCCUGAGACCCGGCCUGGUAGUGCCCCCCCAUGCCCGUGGGGACCCCCUGUCCUGCCCCCCUGCCCUGGGGCGCUGCAGGAGAGCAGGGGGACGGUUUUUCCUGCCACCCCCGAAAUUCCGGGGGUGCCCGCGGGGGACCCCCCCUACGGUCACGUUCAAGGCUCCAGACACCAUUCUUGGGGUCACACUCCUGUCCCGGAGCCAUGCACCCCAUGAAACCAGCACCCCAAAACUGGGGGUGUGUGGGGGGGGUCCAUCACCCCUAAAACGAGGGGGGUGAGGGGGGUAGAGCUGUAAUUAAUUGCUCUAUGAAAUUGUAAUUAGUAAUUAUCUGCCCCUCCCCCCCAGGUGAGGGCUGAUUAGUGAUUGUUAGUAAAAUCCCAAUUAAUUGCGUAAUGAAAGGAGGUCGCGGGGUGUCGGCGCUGUUUUGGGGGCUUCCCCCCUUGUUUAUUUGCAGUGAUUGGGUUCUCGGGGGGGCCCGGGGG